AUGCCUCGGAUAAAGAAGCGAUGGCAUAAUCUCUCGGUAGACCCCAGUCUGCUUUGUGAUGGUCUCGUGGGAUUGGAAAUAUGUGAGGCUCCACAGCUAGUAUGUCCGCAGCUGGAGUCUCCACAGAAAAGAAGGAAAAAGGCGAGUGUUACAGAGGCGGCACAUGAUGACGUUUCUGACCAGGUUCCUUUCGACCCGGAUGAAGCGGUCUUCGAGUUCGACGAAGCGGAUAGGUUGAUAGCUGAGAGCGAGAAGAAGUCGUCUGGUUUGGUGCCGAAGAAGAAGGAUGAGGUACGGCGUGGUGAGGUACGGCGUGGUGAGGUUUUGUUGCCAGAGGUGGACAUAGAGAGGGAGUUGAUGGCGGAUUGGUUGACAUGGUCUUUGGACAGUUUGGAGGGGGUAUUAAGUCCAGUGAUGAAGGGUAAAGUGUUAGGAGCUAGUCGGGGUCUAGAGAUACCGAGUGUUAUUUUGCGUAAUUUGAAGGAGAUGGGUUGGUUGGCACCUACGGCUAUCCAGCGCGCAGUGAUACCGUUAGCGACGGUGUGCCGAAAGGAUGUGUGCAUAGCAAGUGAAACUGGUAGUGGUAAGACUGGUGCCUUCGCGUUACCUUGUUUGAUACACAUGUUGUCGCUUUGGGUGAGUUGUCCAGAAGCAAAGGAGAGCGGUCUGGACACAAUUGUUUUAGCACCGACCCAUGAGUUAGCCCGCCAAGUCAAUGACGUUUUACUGGACUUGUGUAGAGGACUAGAGGUACGCACUGAGUUGGUGGUCGGUGGCAUAAUGGUAGAGAAACAGCAAAGGCGUUUAACUAAGAAGAGACCAAACAUAAUUAUCGCCACGGUCGGCAGACUGCUGGCCUUGCUGAUGGGCGAUGAAGACCUGAACAUAGAUGCUAACCCUUACCUCUCCGACCUGUCCACCGUUCGCCAUCUCAUUGUCGACGAAGCAGACCGAAUGUUCGAGACUGGAAAGACCAAGGACAUGCAGAAGAUACUACAGAAAGUUCAAUCAGACAAAGCAACCUCUGGAAACCAAACAACUUGCCAAUACCUGAUUGCCUCAGCCACCCUUACACUUGCUCACGACAUGCAUCGGACCGUGGAUCGUCAGACCGUGGAUCGUCAGACCGUGGAUCGAGUCAAGGCUACACAAUCAAGUGAAAUAUCCGACGGCCAUCCGAGCGACACCAAAAACAAAAUCAACGCCAUGGACAUCAUACCGUUCCGUACCAAGGACACUGAAAUUAUUGACUUAACGACCAAUGAAUUCAAACAACAAAUCAAGGCCGUCCAGGAGCUGCAAUUACCCCGCGGGAUCGAGGUCUACAGCGCCGUGGGGAACUACAGGUCCAAAUUCAGAUAUCUAUACACCAUCAUAACAAGAUACUUUGCCAAGCACUUCGCUGAAAAAUCGGUCGUCAAAAUAAUUGUGUUUGCAAACACGAUCGAUUUCGCCAAAAAGCUGUGCAAAUUCGCAAAACUUGUCUGCAAGGAUUGCGCGGCUAAGGGCGAUGGCCGUGAAUAUGUGCUGAGGAAAUCUACUUCGUCGAAUAAGUCCACGGCAAUGAAAUAUGUGCCCAUUAACCUUCUUGUCGCAGGAAAUGCCGCUGAGAUGAAAGAGAAGAACGGCAGUCGCAAGAUCGCGGCCUCGUCAGUUGUGGAGAGUAGUUCGACGCUUAGUUCAGUGGCUCAUACAGCGGUGAUGUCCGAGACGGACUCGUCGCCGUCUGAAUCGACGGUGACGUCUGGCGCAGCCUCAGAGUCUGAUGAAGGUUCAGAGUUUGAUGGAGAGUCGCCGUGCGACGCUGCGUCGGUCGCUGCGUCCUUACCUAACGAAGAGUCGGGUGUGGCGUCGGGUUCCGAGACGCUGGUUGAUGCGUUUAGAAGGUUGCAUGUGUUAAGUUUGCAUUCACAGCAGAAGCAGAGCAAGAGGUACGAGGUCUUUGAGAAGUUUAACCGUCGCGGUGAAAGUGGGGUCUUGUUUGCGACCGACAUCGCGGCUCGAGGCUUGGACUUUCCGAACGUGGAUUUGGUGGUCCACGCGCAGGUACCUCGGAGUCUGCAGACGUUUGUUCACCGCAGUGGAAGGACGGCGCGCGGAGCGCAGUGUAAAGGCACGGUAAUAACGUUGGCUCAGAAAGAAGAAGUGGAGAGGUAUAACAAAAUCACGAAGGGGCUAGUCGUCCAGCCUCUAAGCUCUAGUCCAAUAGGGGCAAUGAAUUACGACGCGUCCCAGGUACAUGACAUUGCCGAGAAGGCGGAGUAUAUCGAGUCGCAACAAUUCCGGUUAACAAAGACUCUUAAAGCGCGUGAGUGGAAGAAAAAGGCGCUUGAGGAAGCCGAAUUAGUAGACAGUGAUAUUGAGCAAGAAGAGUUUCUAUUAAGGAAAAAUGGAACUAAAGCUAACCUCACCCAUAGCGAAUAUUCUCAGAUGCAGGAAUUGAAUAAAGAAAAGGCGAUCCUCGACCGCCUGAAAUCUGCGGACCUCCUAUUACUUAACAACAAAAUGUCUUCUGAAACCAAAAGGACCUGA